ACACGUCAAUGUUUCACUGCUGUCGAAAAAACAUUCGACUUGCGUUUGCGUGUCCUCGGUGUCCUCACAUUUAGCGGCACUUUAGGGAAGUGAAAUAUUAGUUUGUGGUGAUAUUAGGCUGUCUAUAACAAAUUGAUUAUUUUCUGUAGAAACUAUAGCCAAUCGCAUUCUAAAAAAGAUGGUUAAAGGUUUUUUGUUUCUUGCGGCGAUUUUUGCUUGCCUUUUCUCUGCUCAGUCGGCCAUUGAUGUUGAAAUCGAAAAUAAAAAUGUUGACCGCACUAUCGAUCUCACCUCGCAACUAGUGAAAAUUUCCUACAAAAUUACGCUUGAACACAAAGCUAUGAAACCGAUUAACAGCUACUUAUUCAUAGUUCAAAACGAUGAACGUGACCGGCUUGCUUAUAUUUCUGCAAAAGAUUCAUCCAAGAAAGAACUCAAAUUAACUGAAACUGCUUCACCAAAGGGCGUAAUCUUUUCAAUGAAUCUUCCGAGUGGAUCUUCGAAUCCAGUUGUUUACAUUGAUACUGUGUUUAGCAAGUCGCUUCGUCCUUACCCGACGGCGAUCGCUCAAACCGAGCGACAACUGGUUCAAUAUUUUGGCAAUGUGUAUGUCUAUUCGCCAUUCAAAACGGUUACUCAAAAGACGACGGUACAUUUAAGUUCACGAAACGUAGAAAACUACACUCAACUCAAGCCAGUUGUUCAUUCAGACAGUACCAUUAUCUACGGACCAUAUGAUAAUGUUGCCGCAUUUUCCGUGGAACCGAUGAUCGUGCACUUUGAAAAUUAUACUCCUUUCAUGACAGUUACCAAACUGGAACGAGUAAUUGAAGUUUCUCAUUGGGGAAACAUUGCGGUAGAGGAAACCAUCGACAUUGUUCACUCGGGAGCUGCUCUUAAAGGUCCAUUUUCCAGAUACGAUUAUCAAAAAGAUUCUCGCUCGAACCAAGCUUGUGUCAAGUCCUACAAAACACUGUUACCAGCGUCAGCAACAGGAGUAUACUAUCGUGACAGCAAUGGAAAUAUUUCCACUUCGGCUAUGCGUGUUCUUAAAGAUUCGGUCGAAUUAGAUCUGCGUCCUCGCUUUCCUUUGUUUGGAGGAUGGAAGACACAUUACACUCUAGGUUAUAACGUGCCCAGCUUCGAAUAUUUGUUCCAAUCUGGUGAUAAUUACCUACUAAAAAUGCGAGUCGUUGAUCACAUCUUCGACGAUAUGGUUGUAGAUGAAAUCACCACUAAAGUCAUCUUGCCAGAAGGAUCAACGAACAUCAAAUUGAUUGCUCCGUAUUCGGUAACUCGUAAUCCAGACGAUCUGCACUACACGUAUUUGGACACUUUUGGACGCCCGGUGAUCUCUUUCAAUAAGAAAAAUGUGGUUGAAAAUCAUAUCGCUGAUUUUAACCUAAAAUAUAAUUUCAGUCGUGUGAUGAUGUUGCAGGAACCUUUGCUAGUAGUAGGUUUUCUGUACAUUAUGUUUGUUUUAGUAAUUAUCUGGAUGCGUUUGGACUUCUCAAUCCUUAAAGAGAAGGAGCAUCUUCAUAAGGAGUAAAUCGCUUGUGACUGUAACGUCAAUAUCUCAGUUUGCAUUUGGAACAGUUUAGCAUGUGCACGGUAAGCAAAGUGUAAUGUCCUAAGAGCGGAUUUAGAAGAUAACAGAUUAUAGUACGUUUCAUUUUCGAAGCGAAUCAGAGAAUAACUAAUACUCUGCUGCUUCAAACUGCACAAGAGUAGAGUUCGAUUUCCGCCUAGUUCUAAGCAAUAUCAUCAUGCAGUCUUAUGUGUCGGCAAAUAAAAAGUUGAUCGCCUUACCAAAAA